AAACGAGAUAAGAUAUUUAUUUAUUUAUAUAAAACAUAGAUUUAUAAUAUCAUUAAAUAUCGGUGUUGACCGCUAUACAGCAGCUAGGUACUUCAUUAGUCUCGAAUUUCCGGCGAGUUGGUACAUUCGAGCUGCCCGUAAUUAAGAUGAAGCGACAAAGGAAUCUGUAAUUAUAGAACUUGGACACACGAGCUGCCGUUCUUCUCUGAAGCGGCCAGGGUUGGCACUUUUGUUCUCUUUCAUUCUGACGAAGCAAUGGCAUGGUUAAAAUUAUACAUGAACUUUUAAAGCAUUUUUAAAAACCUACUCAUAACUAUGCAAUAAAUUAAUAACUUAGUAAAAUUAUGAAUAAAGUUACUGUUAUAGUGGCGAAAUAACAUACAACCACGUGAAGUUCAAAACUGUAGGUUUAUAUCUCUGCACCUGCAGAAUCAAAAUUAUCACUAUAUGCGUAAUUUUCAGUAGAGCCCCUGAAGCUUUAUUGCCGGAAGUUGCGAAGGCGCUCUCUCAAUGUGCAGUCAACUGCGCAUCCCUUUGAUAUCGCACUCUCUCGGCACUAAGAGUAUCCAGUCACACACGACCUUUUCAAAAUAAAUGAACUCUUACUACAGCAUUAUACCACAACAUUACUUAUUAUUAUGUGCCACAACACAACCUAAAACCCGAUGGGACUAUUUGGACUUCCAUAGAAGCCAUUACUUUUGUGUGUGCAAAAAAGUAAAUUAAGAUAUCUAUUACAUGUAACAAAAAACAAUAAAAUUCCAACAUGUCAAUUAAUUCCUUAAAGCUAGAAAAAAAUAGGUAUCCAACUGCUGGUACAGAAUAACUUGCUUUACCAGGAUCUUAUUGUGUAUGUAUUGUUAAAUUCAAAUUCUUUAGUAGUAAGUAAGUUGGUUCCGAAUAUACGAGUAGCUUACUAUACCACAUCACAUCGGGACACUUAAAGCCGGGUCCAGACGGGUGUAAUGUGUAAUGUAAGAUUACGUGUAAUGUAACACGAAUUCUACGUGUAGACGGCACUAUAGAUGAACUACACUGAACCCGUGACAUUGGCAGGGGGGCGCCACCGUCAAAUCAAUACCGGACGGAUAGCUGGUUCCGAUUUUUUUUAAAUUGAACGAUGGUGACGCUCCUCUGUCAAUGUGUUUGGUGGUGGGACAAUUCAGUGUAGUUCAUUAUACGAGCAUUACUAAUGUAAAGUGCUGCCCAUCUAUUUCCAUUACAUUACACGACAUUCCAUUACUCGUCACACCCGUCUGGCCCCGGCUUAACGGCUGUCAUUACAAAUUGAAUGGUGAAUUUACACUGCACCUGGCUAAUUUCCGCGCAGUGCGCCUGAAGAGAUUUGAAGAAGAAAAAGUCAACGUGGACUUCUUGGCGGGAAUCUGAAGCGUCAUGUUAGCGGUUUUGUUUUAUUUCCUCAAAUUCGUGUUUGGGCGACUAUUAAUGUGUAAUAAUGGUGGAUUAAGUAUUAACCAUUGAGUGUUCGUGAACGUGCAUGAGUGUGGGCAAGUGAAGCAAAACAGUGCAUCGUGAUUCUUCUGGUUCUCUCAAGUUGUCCACAGGAGGUCUCAGUAAAGCACCACCACUUUACUGAGACUCAAAGGGUGGGAAGGGGUAUCAUCUAUCAUCCUUCAUUUAUACUUGAUCUUUGUAAAUCGUAUCAUUUUUAGACUUGAAAAUGGCACAAAUCAAGUCGACCUCGACGUGUAUUGCCAACAUCAUCAAAAAAGAAGAAGAAGAUGAAGUUAACGUUCCAUUACCCAACCUAUUAUUUAUUAUAAAAUUCUUCAUAAAUUGAUGCAUUAUUACAAUAAUACCAUCAAUUUUAAUUAGUUUUAAUAGUUAAGUUAUUUUAAUUUUAAUUUAUUUUUUAAUAUGUGGGUACAAUAUUUAAUUUGCUUGAAACGGAACGUACAUUCCUUCCAUGAUGGCAGCUACAAACGUCAAAUAAUUGUUUUGAUUUUUUUACGUAAAUAAUUUAUCAAAAAAAACAUCAAAUGACCUUCUCGCUUCGAACAGUAGUGAACUAAACAAUAGUUUUCGUGUUUCAGAAAAAUGGUUUUGUGAUAGGGAAGUGCACGGCGUAGGCAUUGUUAUGCUACAUGAAAGCCCGACAGAACAGAUGCAAUACUAAUAUGCCUUGCGAGAGUUGUGCUGUACAAUUUAGUGUAUUCAGGCGGAAACGGGCGUGUUGUGAAUGUGAACGGUACUUCUGCAGCGGCUGCCUGCGGCGCGGCGGCGGCGUGAUGUGCGCGGCCUGCAGGCUGCUGUCCACGCGGCCGCUGUCGCGCCAGGCCAUCGCGCACCUCAAGGUCCGCGACCUGCAGUGCUUCCUGCAGCGGCAGAACGUCUCCACCAGGGGAUGCGUUGAGAAAGAGGAGCUGGUGAGCCUCUGCGUGGGCCACGUGAACAGCGCGGCGUACCGGCGGCGCGGCGCGCGCGCGCCCGGGCCCUUCAGCACGCUCAAGGACUUCACCAAGCUCAUCAACAACGCCUUCGACCUACGCGCGCCCGCGCAGCCCGCGCCACCACCACCUAAUAGCAAUUGUUACAAUGCUGCGCACACGCACGAGCCGGCGCCCGCGCCCUCUCCUGCGAGGGAGAGAUUCACUACGACUCCAGGCGGCGAGCGCGACAUCGAGGUGCCGGUGCCGCCGGGCGUGUCGCGCAGCACGUCGGGCUCGUCGGGCGCGCGCCGCGACACGGCCGACUGCUUCGAGAUCGAGGACCUGGACGACGCCGGCUGGGAGUUCGUCACGCGCCCCGCGGACCCGCUGCCUAACGAUUCAGAGGUGCUAAUCACAGAGAACGAAAUGCACACGCCUGCGCACGAGCCGGACCGGACGACGACAGUGCGCGUUGAGGUCCACGCCCCCGGCGUCUCGGCGCAGAGACCGCGCGAGGGGGCGGGGCUUGGCGCGGGGGCGGGGCCUGGCGCGGGGGCGGGGCGGCUGCAGCCGGAGCGCGCGGGCGCCACGCCGCAGCGCGCCGCGUCCGAGCUGGAGCUGCGCCGCGACCCGCCGCCCGACUCCGACACCACCAGCCUGCAGGACGAGCCCAUGAUGGACCGCCCACCGGAGCCGGAGACGCCGCGGCGCGUCUCGCUGGGCGCGCUGCGGUCGGCGGCGGAGCUGGAAGCGCUGAGCGUGCGCCAGCUGAAGGAGCUGCUGGCGCGCAACCGCGUGGCCUACACCGGCUGCCUCGAGCGCGCCGACCUGCUGCAGCGCGCGCAGCUGCUGUGGCGCGACCACGCCGCCUACAAGGACGAGAUCGACAACCUGCCGCUGGAGGAGUGCUGCAAGAUCUGCAUGUCGGCGCCGCUGGAGUGCGUGCUGCUGGAGUGCGGGCACAUCGCCGCCUGCACGCCGUGCGCCGCGCGCCUGGCCGAGUGCCCCAUCUGCCGCCAGUACGUCGUGCGCGCCGUGCGCUUCUUCCGCUCCUGAGCCGCACAGUCGCCAGCUCUCAAGAUUCCCGCUGCACGUCGUAAUAAGCCUGCGCCGAGCAGCCGACUGCCUGCCCGCCUGGCACCAUACAUCAUCCAUCAGGACGGUAUUUUGUCAGUUUCUUCGAAUCCUAAAAAAUGUAUGGGAUAAAGGGAAAGGUCACGAAAGGACGCGGUCAGGGAUGGUAGUUUUCGUCGACAGUUCUCGAGUUUACCGCUGAAAUCUAACAGCAAGCCGGUUGCCUCAACUGCCACUGAUACUCUUGAGGUCUUGAGAGCUGGACGAAUUCACUACAACAAUUUAUGGAGCUUAGUAAACUAAAGAAAAAUGUGUAAUAACCCAUCCCUUCAUGAUUUUUACGUGUAUUUGCACAGUUGCAGACCAGUUCCACGGUCGACCUUUUUCGACAUACACAUAGAGAAUUCUAUAGAAUUCAUUUAUUUAUUUAAUAUACUUUGAACUCUGAUUCCACUCAGAUUGAGAUGAAAUCUCAUGCGACUUAAAAUAAUUUAAUCUUAUUGGAGUUCCCACUUAAUUUAUUGUCCGUAACGCAUCUGUGCAAAUAAGAAAAACAUGACGGAAAUAUUAAUUUGUAUUGUUUAUCGUUAAUCAAAGAUUCACGUAACACUGGCUAUGAAUAUGAUGAGGGUUACCGUAUUUGCGCUCACCGGUUGGCCACCAGCGACUAUAAUCCUGUCACUCACCAGUGGCGCCAACUAGUCAACUCAAACACGGUAGUCCUCAUUGAAAAUGAGUUCUUUGUCUUCGGUUCCUACAAUAGCUUGUCCGUAGUUUAUUGGAGUUUGUGCCGAACUGCUACAAAUACCUCUUAGUAUUGAAUGUUUUUAAGUAGUAAAUCAGUUUCCCAAAUAGUUUUAGCAGAACCACCUACAUGUUAGCUAGUAUACAUGUAUCAGCCGUCCACCGCUUUAGUUGAGCGCGAGCGUUGUAUCGUAACUUCCAGCCAACACAUCGGCAGUCACCUGCGACUCGUGUGGCGGCCUGUUCUCCUUACUUAAGACUUGUAACGCUUACCCUCGGACAAUACUGUAUAGGUCGACCCAAUUUAGAUAGAUUCUAUGCCAAAAGUACAGAACUGAGUUUGUAAUAUCAUAUUUUUAAAUUUUUAUAAUUCCCGGUGUUAUUUAUUGAAAAACGUUGCGGUGAAACACUCCAUUUACGCAAAAAUUCCCCCGAGUCGUUACAAUAAUGUUUUCUAUUUAUUAACUUAUUUAUCGUAUAAAAUUCUGAAUGUUAAAAAGUGCUUAAUUUCUUAACUAAUAAGCGACUCAUAAUUUAUACUUAGUAUGCUGAGAUUCCGGACAACAAUGCGAAUGCCAUUGUGUUUUGUCGAUCAGUGCUCAGCAGGCAUACGAGGCGUUAAAGCUACACAAAUGCGUCUUGCCGACUACAACGCACUAAGUUUUUGCUUCUGAAGUGUAAAAAAAAAUUGCUCUCCUUCACUUUCGUAUACAAGUGCGAGUGAGAGUAAACAAACAUCAAAAAAUUGUCGAUCGGGGUGAUGCUCUUCUCCGAAUCAAUAGUUACAAAGCGCAGUUCCUUCAUAGUAGGCUUUCUAGUUUUGGACGUGUGCAACAUGUUAUAAUAAAAAUCCCAUUAUUCGGGAAUUUUCGCAAUAUUCCCGAAAUAUGCAUGUUACUCAUAUUAGGUCUGUACUGUAAUAGUACACAUAACACAAUCGGAAUCGUUCCUGUGUGUUCGAAAGGGGACGCGCGUAUCCUUAUUCGCGUAAAGGUCAUUUAGCGACAAAUACAAAAAAUGCGUAACCAUAAUUAUGAAUUAGUGAUGUAAAAAAACCUUGAGCUUAAAAUUAUUUUCCUUAACGUCUAUGUAUUAUUGCACUCAAAACGCUUUAUUAUAUUAAUUUAUAAGUCGCAAAAUCUCUACAUAAUUAUUUUUACAUAUCAUAUUUUAUCAUUAGUAAUGCAUAUUUUGGAAUUCUCUUUUUAUUAAUUCAAAAUUGUUUAUCAUUGUAUGUUUACGACUGUGAAAGAAUUAAAAGCUUAAGAUAAAGCAAAAAAAAAGUAAGUGAUAGAAUUAUGAAGACUUGUGUCCAACUUUUAUUGGCACUUCAGUGAAGGAGGCGACUAGCAAAGCUUUGAAUCUUUCACUAAAGUGCCAGUAAUCUGCCGGCCACCGACGUCUGGGUUAGUCUCAAACCUUACUCGUAGAUUGCUAGCAACAACACGGGCUGUGUAAUACUUUAUUUUUGUAUCACUUAGGUGUCUCAUGUAAUUUAAGAUUUAUUAUGUAUGUAUAUUGAUUACUGAUUAUUUGCGUUUGAAAAUCCUCUAUUGAUACAUAUUUUAUGAUGAUUUUCGAUAAAAUACAUAUUUUACUCCUUUUUGUGAUUUUAAAGUUGUAAUGUCUUUUCUAUUAUUAGUCUUUUAUGGUGCAAGAAAUUAAUUUAUGCGAAGACAAAUUGAAUAUGAAGCUAUGUAGUUCCUUACUUUACACAGAAAAUGAGCUGUUUUAUAAAAUUAUUAAGGAAUUACAUAGGUUCACUUUCUCCCCAUGUAAUAAUAUAAAAGGUGCAUGUUUAAAUUAAUGUAUAUAGUACCUUCUGUACCCGCAGGAAUUUCACGCUAAGGGCUCAAAUAAAAUUAUGCUAUUUAAAUACGCACCUCUCCCUGCGAAGAGAUACUCUUGCGCGUACAGACUAUGUAUUUCACGUGAUUAUAAUAUCACAGUAUUUAUAUCUCCAUAAAAUUUAUUUCAAACCGUAUCGCAUUCGUACCAGCGGAGCUAUUAAACUUUGGGCCGUUUUCGGGUCUAUCCAUCCUUCUAAAGCUUCGGCCAAACCAUAUGUGAUGGCGAUCACUGCGCGGGCAUAGAUGUGAACUCAUUGCUACAAAUUCAUACACAUCUGAUCGCCAUCGCGCUCGCUGGCUACACGCUGGUUUGGUCGAAUCUUCUCGCAGCGAGAUGCGAACGCUGCGCUGGCGUGUGCGACAGUAAAUAAAUGGCAAAGAGGUAGCCGCAAUGCUCCGAAAAAAAGUCCGCAACAAUUCCCCCGUCGGAUAUUGUAAAUAGAAGCCAUAUUUUUUUGUAAUUAAAAUUAUUUUAUUCCAUUAUCGUACGAAUGAACAAAAUAAAUAAAAUCGUUACACUGUAA